AUGGUAAUCAUUGAUGAAGUGUCCUUGGUUUCUGGCCUUAAUUUGAUUUAUAUACACAUGAGAAUGAAUGAUUUAUUUGAAUCAGACAAAUGGUUUGGUGGUAAGAAUGUCCUCUUUGUUGAUGACAUUCUUCAUUUGCAACCAGUUCGUGGUGAACCAGUGUUUGAACAAGUAACAGCAAAAACAUUGAAAUACAGACUUGGUAGUAUGGGUGCAGUAAACAUAUGGCGUGAUACUGUCACCUAUUACAAUUUGUCUAUAAACGAAAGAGAAAAAAAUGAUCAGAAAUUUUCUGAAAUGUUGGACAAAGUGGGACGUGGCUUUCUAAACAAUCAGACUCUUGCUACACUUUCGGAAAGAGUAUUUUUAAUGCCCAUUUCGAACAAAUUUAAAAUAUUACAAGAGGCUGGUAAUGCUCCUGUUUGCCGGUUUCCUAAAGUAGAUAUGUGCAGAGAAUUUAAUGAGGAAAUGCUAACUGAUCUACCAAGUCCAGCUAAGGAAAUAGAAGCCACAACUUUAAUCGAUGCAACUGUUACCAUAUGUAGAAAGGGUGACAAUUUAGAAGAAAAGGUUACGAAAAAUUUGUAA